GCCAGUGGCUACUAGAUGGCAGGCCAGUCGGAAGCCUCAAACUCAAAGUAAAGUAAGGGAAACGCGCGAUUUCCUCCUACAUACUUUCCUAAGUGUAACGUAAACAAACAAGAUGGAGGACGAGGUGUACUUCGCUGCUAAAGGUUCUUUGAAGUUGAAAGGUGUUGAUGAUUCAGGAUUGAAAAAAAAAAAGAAAAAGAAGAAAAAGGACAUAGAAAAGCAGAUGGAAGCCAGCAUUCGAAGAGAAGCAACAACAGAUUAUCCAGAUGAGCCUACAUCUUCAACACGUACAAUGACUCAAGCAGAGCAUAGAUUUAUGGAGCGGCGGAGAAAAAUGGCUUGGUUUUGCAGCAUGGGGCCAGUGAGAGGAAGUUUUUGGCGCCGCAUGUCUUCUACCCAUAACUUCAGUGCUUCUUCCAUCUCACCAUACAUAGCAGACUUCAGGUGGAAUUUACCCUUGGCAACAUCUGAUGAAGCAUAGGUUGCUCUGAUUUCCUUCUCGCUGAGCUUUAUAGUGCGGACAGAGCUCUCCGACACUCCAAAUUGGCUCCCCAUACUUGAAGCAUUAUUUCCACACUGCAGUGCUUCCAACACCUUGAUUUUCUGCUCCAGUGUAAUUGCUUGCCUUGAUUUCUUGGCCUUUGGGGUAGUUAAUGAUGUAGUGGCUGGCCUCUUGGACAUACUGUAGUGGCGAUGGUUGAUGCACAUGGUAGAAGGAGUUAGUGUCACACAGUAUGUCCAUUCACUAGAGUGUCAGCGUGAGAACUGAGGAUGCGUGAGGGUGUAAGAGUGUGGGGGGCAGUCAUGUAGUGUGCCCAGAGACACGUUUGGUGGGAAACAUUAGCACAAAAUGUAAAACAGGACUUGCCAGAUUGACUCGUGCAAAAUAGGAAAAAUUCGCUUUAAAUUAAAACAGUCUUUAAUUGUAGAUGUCGCUUUAAAUCAAUAAUCAUAAAUUGAAUUGCUUUAAAUCGACGUUCAACUGAAACAAUCAUAUUGGUGAAAACAGUUGUUGACAACCAGACUUGAAGUCUGAUUUUCAACCAAGAGAGCUCUGUUUCAUAUUUUUUUAUUGUUUCAUGUAAAGUUCUUUUAAUAACCUUGUUAUACACUAAAAGACUUUAGUUUUGAAGUGCAGUAGUAACAUAACAACAACUGAUUUUC